AUGGCCAACAAAGAAGGUUCCAAGAGCCCCAAAAGCUUAUCGAGUCCCAAGCCGGCGUCGGCCGGCGCCUCUCCUCGGGCCGGCCCAGGAUCCCCACAGGCCCCUGAGCCGGCUCCCAUCCUUGAGGCAGAUGAGCUCGAAGAGGAGCAGGUCUUGGACGAUGCCGAUUCGGCUAUUGGCAGUUUCCAAUCGUCAACGGCGUCGAUUAGGGAGGAGAUGAUCCGCCAGAAGCAGGAACAUGGACGACAAUAUCAAGGCUAUAUGGAUGCGAAAUAUGUCCUUCCUAUGGACGAGCAAGAGAUGGAACGUCUAGACUUCCAAUGCCACUUGGUCUGGCUCACCCUCGGCCGCCAGCAUUUCCAUGCUCCUAUCACGAACCUCAACCGGGUUCUCGAUGUCGGCUGUGGAACGGGCAUGUGGACGAUAGAAUUCGCGGAUGACCACCCCGAAUCGGAAGUCUUGGGAGUAGAUCUCGCCCCAGUUCAGCCCCAUUCCAUUCCGCCCAAUCUCGCUUUCGAGGUGGACGACCUAGAACAGCCGUGGACCUUCACGCGCAAGUUCAACUUCAUACACAGCCAACUCAUGAUUGGCGCCUUCCAAGACUGGCCCAAGUUUUUCGACCAGAGCUUCGAAUUCCUCGAAGACGACGGCUACCUUGAAGUACACGACAUCGACUUCGUCAUAAAAUGCGACGACGACUCCCUGCCCCCCGACUCCGCCCUCGUCAAGUGGCACGACCACAUGCACGAAGCGGCCGCCAAGAUCAACUUCCCCCUCGAUGUCAUCUCCCACGUGCCCGAGAUGAUGGAGGCCGCCGGCUUCACCGAAGUCCGCGCCAAGCAGCUCAAGUGGCCCAUCAACACGUGGCCCAAGGACAAGCACCAUAAGGAGAUCGGCACGUUCGCGCUCGAGAACUUCCUCUGGGGCUGCGAGUCGAUGAGCUUGGCGCUGUUUACGAGGGCGUUGGGGUGGUCGGCUGAUGAGGUGAGGGUUUUCAUGGCGCAUUUGAGGAAUGAUUUGAGGAAUAGGAGGUUUCAUGCUUAUUGGAACUUUUGGGUCGUGUAUGGGAAGAAGCCGGCUGCCGCUGCCGAGGCGGAGUGA